AUUUUCUAAGAGAUAAUGCAAAUGCUUGAUGUUUGGCUAAACAAUAAUUUGUUUAUUACUAUAUAGUUUUACACCAUUAGCACUCGUUUAGUCGUUUACAUUUUUCUUCUUCGACUCCACCCUUAGAUUGAUUAUAAUUUACAACUAGUCAGACAAUCGAGUCGUAGAAAUUGUUUAUUAAUUCGUUCCUUUGUGUCUUUAAUCCAGUGCUCUUCAAUUCGUUACUUUUAUUGUAUUUUUGUUUUUUUUUUUCAUUAUUUUGCAAUCACAUAAUAACGGUACCUCACCUGUCCAGCUUAGUGGGGCUUGUUUGGGUGAACACAAACACAGCCUGAUAGUAUAAAUAUCAUGUUUCUAAUUUCGUGACAUUGUCCCUUUGCUCGCGGUCGCAAUGCUUCGGUUUUUGAGUAGAAAACGGGGUCGGAACGAUCCAAAAGCUCGAAACAUCAAAGCUGGGGCCGAACGUUUAAAUCCUCCAAACAAGCAUUGUAUGCAAUGUAGGGUUAUGCUUUUAGAUGGUACAGACCUAUGCAUUGAACUAUCAAAAAAGGCUGUUGGUAGUGAUUUAUAUGAACAAGUAUUUUAUUCAUUGGAUUUGAUUGAAAAAGAUUACUUUGGUUUACAAUUUACUGAUGCUAAUCAUGUCCAGCAUUGGCUCGAUCCUACAAAAGCAAUAAAAAAACAAGUUAGAAUUGGACCACCAUAUACAUUUCGACUACGUGUUAAAUUCUAUUCUUCAGAACCAAAUAUGCUUCGAGAAGAGUUAACUCGUUAUCAGUUUUUUCUUCAACUUAAAUUAGAUAUCCAUGAAGGUCGGCUUGAAUGUCCACAAAAUACUUGCAUUGAAUUAGCAGCCUUAGCUUUACAAUCUGAACUCGGUGAUUAUGAUGAAACAUGUCAUACUCCUGCUGUUAUUUCUGAAUUUAGAUUUGUACCAAAUCAAACUGAAGAUAUGGAAAUACAAAUUGUAGAAGAAUUCAAAAAAUGUAAAGGUUUAACUCCAGCUCAAGCAGAAACUAGUUAUUUAAAUAAAGUGAAAUGGUUGGAAAUGUAUGGAGUUGAUAAUCAUACUGUUUUAGGUAAAGAUGGAUGUGAAUAUGCUCUUGGUUUAACACCGACAGGCAUUUUAGUUUUUGAAGGCCUUCAAAAAAUUGGACUCUUUUUCUGGCCAAAGAUUGGGAAAUUGGAUUUUAAGAAGAAAAAACUGACUUUGGUAGUCGUAGAAGAUGAUGAUCAAGGACGUGAACAAGAACAUACAUUUGUAUUUCGAUUACAUAAUGAAAAAGCCUGUAAACAUUUAUGGAAAUGUGCUGUUGAACAUCAUGCUUUCUUUAGGCUUCGUGCUCCUGUUAAAGGUCCUUCUGCUAGACAAAAUUUUUUCAGAAUGGGUUCACGGUUUAGAUACAGUGGAAAAACUGAGUUUCAAACAACUCAAUUAAAUAGAGCAAGAAGAACUGUUCAAUUUGAAAGAAGACCAAGUCAACGAUAUGCAAGAAGACAGUCGCAUGUUUUAAGAGAACGACAAAAGGACAAAACAGAAAAACCAAAAGUAGAAAAUGAAAAUGAGAAAAUGGAAAAAAUUAAUAUUAUGGAUAAACCUCCAACUCCUAUUUUAGAUUCCAAAGACAUUCAUCUUGAACCAACUUCCUCAUUGACCUCAAACGCUUCUGAUAUUGCUGAAGAUAGGUUAGACUCAUUGUUAAAAUGUUUAAAUAAAGACACUCCUUUGAUAAACAGCAAAGUAAAUGAAUCAAAUUCAGUUGAUAUAAAUAAUAAAACUGAUGAUUUUGGCAAAGAUCAAAAUCAGUCCUCAUCUCCAUUACCAAACAAUCGAAACAUUUCAUUUAAUACUACUCCAAGACCAAUUCCUAAAGAACAUUUGAAAUGCAACAUUCUAAAAGCUAAAGUUGAAGAAGAAAUGAAGAAAUCUCCUUUAUCCUUGUUUGAUCCAUUAUCUAAAGUGACCAACUUGCAAGAUAAUAAUUUACUACAUAAUGGAGAAUGUAACAUUAAUUCUAAAUCAAAUUCUUUUGGCAAAGAACAAGCAACAUUUGUAUCUGUUGGUGGAGACAAACUGACAUUGUCCCUUAAUGGUGGCAUUGCAGCACCUGAAGAAUCUAAACAACCAUUGGAUGAACAACCUAUUUCUGAAACAUCUGUGUCUAAAGAUGACCGUAAAAGAUGUGCCACUCCAGUAACAGUAACACAUUUCUCUUUUGGUGAAUGUGGGAAAUUAGAACAAAGGGUGGUUUCUCCUGAAAGAAGUCCUACAGAAAGUAUGUCAAGCAUUUUGUCCUUACCAUUCAAUGCCACAUCUCCUACUAGCCCUCGUAAUCCAUUUUCGGCAAAUCCGUUUAUUGGUGAUUCACAAACAGCAAUAACUAAUCCAUUCUUAUCAUCAUCUUCAAAUCCAUUUGCUGAUAAUGGUAUAAAAAAAGAUUCUACUAAUGAUGUCGAAGUUGCUGUUGAAUCAAGUACUGGCAUAAAUGGUGUAACAAAUUCUAAUACUAAGGUAGCCCAAAAACAUCAGGAACCUACUAAGAUGAAGCCUUUAAAUCAAAUUUCUCCAUGGCUAAUUAGUAGUGGUGCUGAGACUUCAUCAGGGCCCAAAAUAAUAACCAGGAAGUCUGUAAUCACAACACAACUUUAAAAAUGGUAUGUUGAAACCUUAUACUGGUCACUGUUAUAUCAGAAAUGUUUGAAAUGCUAUUAAAAAUUUAAUAAUGUGUUAUUACUUAUACAUAUAUAUUCAAAAUAAAUUUGUGAUAGAAAUACAAAACAUCUGAAUAGAAAAAUAGUUAGCUAUCGCAAAUUUUAAUAUUAGGCAUCACAAAUUUUUUCCUUGAAUGAAAUAUUUUAACAUUCUUAAUGAAAUUGAUCUCUUUAUUCUUUUAUGAAUUAAAAGAAAAUUAUAAUUGGAAUUUAAAUUUUUUUAAAAAAAUUAAUAAUACUUCAAAUUGAAAUAUUUUGUGUUAUUUUUAGUCACUAUUUUUGUAUAAUACUUUAAAGUAUUUAAUUUUACUACAAGCAAUACAAAACAUGAAAAAGUAUAUUUAUCUUUGAUUUAUAUAAUAUAUUUAAAAUUAUUUAUUUUAUUAUAAGUAAUAACUUAUAUUUAGAACAAAUAUAAACCAAUGAGCUUAUUAAUUUAUUUUUAUAACUAUUCAAUUGUAAUACUAUUUGAUUCAGACUGAAAAUCGUGUUAUUAAUGUAUGAUAUAUAUAUUUUUAAUAUGGUAUUUAAAACAUUUAAUUAUUUUAUCAUCCAAAACUUAUGUUUUUAACAUACAUUAAUUUGCCUGUAUUUUCAUCAGGGCUCAAAAUCAUUUUUGUUUUUUAGAAAUAAGAAUAUAUUAAUUAUUAAUUAUUUUAAAAUCAUUAAAUCAUACUCUUGAUUCAUAUUGAAUAUUAUGAACAAAACUAAAUGAAUUUAGGAAGUGCCUUUUAUCAUUACAAUCGUUACACUUAAUGUUUGCAUAGAAUUGUUGCUCUCUCUCUUUCCUAUUAUUCCAUAACAAUGAAUAUUUGUAAAAAUUGUUAAGUAAUAUAUAAUAUAAUACAUAUUUUCAUCUGAAUGCUACAGAAAUGUAAAAUAAAUUGUAAAUUGUAUUUAUAAUUCUUAACAAAAUAUUUUAAUUGAAAAGAAAAUUAUUAAUUUAUUGUUGCUCUAUGGCAUAUUAAUAUAAUAUAUACCUAUGUGACUAUGUCUAAUUAAUUCAAUAAAAUGUUAAAUUAUUAUAUAUUUUUAAAACUGUUAAAAAAAACUGUGUGUUUUUGUUUACUUAAUGUUGCACAGUGUGUGUUGAACAAAUUGCCGUUACUUGUGAUAAUUAUAAUGCAGUAUUAAUUUGUUAUUAUUAUUUUUAUUUUUUUUACUGCAGUUAUAACAAAAGUUAAUUAAAACUCUUAAGUUAUACAUUUUGUUUUAAAUGAAUGUAUGCCGUCCUCAUUUAUUUUGUAUUCAUAUAUUAAUUUAAGUAUUUAAUAAUUGUACCUUGUAAGUUUUAUACCAGUUGUGCCAUAGUUUGUAGGUGUUGUAUAGAACAACAGUUAAGGUUAUUUAAAAUUGUAUACGUUCUAAUAUGGCAUUCGUGUGCUGUAUAUGUGUAGUACUUAAUCAUGUAAGUAAAAAUGGAAAAAUAACUAUUAAUUUUCACAAAAUAAGAUUAUUUAAUAAUACUUUACAUCAUAGUUUUUUUGAGAAUUUAAUUUAUAAUUUCUGUGUAUACCCAUUAUUUUUAAUAACGAUAUAUAUUACAAAUGCCAUUUUAGAACUAAUAAACAAAAUAUUUGAAAUAGAAAAGAAUUUGUAAUAUUGUGUAGACAUUACAUUUAGUUGUUAAGUCUAAUAAAUUAAAAAACUUAAACAGAUUUUAAAAUCCGUCCUUUAAUAUUAAAAACAUAUAUGUGAUUAGUAAUAAAUUGUUUAUUGAAAGUA